GGGGCCCCCCAGACCAGCCUGUACCAGCAGCAGCAGCUGCAGCAGCAGCAGCAUCAGCAGCAGCAGCAACAACAACAGCAGCAUCAGCAGCAACAACCUCAGCAGCAGCAGCAACAACAGCAGCAACAACAGCAGCAGCAACAGCAACAGCAGCAGCAACAGCAGUUUCUACACAUCUUUGUUACCUUCAUCAAAUAUAAACGGCAUCAGCAGCAUUACCACGAGGAUACACAAGCAGCAACAGCAGCAGCAGCAGUAGCAAUAGCAGCACCAAGAGUAGCACCAACAGCAGCAUCAAGAGCAGCAGCCACAGCAGCAGUACCAGCAGCAGCAGCAGCAGCAGCAGCAAGAGUGUGUUUGGGUGUAUGCACAGAUCUCACCCAGGAGUUCCCUGCGGAGGCCCGCCAAGUAAAUGUCUCUUCUUUAUCUCAGUUCAACGCCUAUGUAGACUUGCUGCAGCAGCUGCUGCUGCAGCAGCAGCAGCAGCAGCAGCUACAAAACAAAGUCCCCUUUGUGGGUAAAACCAUCACCUUCUUCCUGCCGCAGCAGCAAACCGCUGCUGCAGCAGAACAAUUCGAUGCCUUAGACACAGUGCGGCAGCAGCAGCAGCAGCAGCAGCAGCAACAGCAGCAGCAACAGCAACAGCAGCAGCAGCAGCAGCAAACAAAAAAGCAGCGGGUGCGGCCGGUGCAUAUACACCUCCACUCCUUGCCUUCAGAAAUCCCCCGCUCCCAAGUCGAAGCAAUUGUAGAGAAUUUAUACUUGCGACUGAGGGCUGCUGCUGAGGGAGUACAAAUGCCGCUCGAGCCAAACCCUAAUGCAGCCCCUCUGCUUACUCCAAAGUAUAAAGAGAGAGAGGCUAUGGCCAAUCUCUUUGAGCAGCAAAUCGAUGAACUUGCAUUUAAAGACGCUCUCUACCAACAGGACGUCAAAUAUAUUGCGCGCUGCUUCCGCAAGUACGAAUUGAAACUCACAGAGGAUGCCCUUCGGACCAAGAACAAAAAGACAAGGAAGCGCAAACUCGCGCGAGUCCGCCAGCGAGCAGAGAAAAUAGUGUACAGACAGUUCGGGCCCGACCCCGCAAGGCCUCCGCCUGAUGCUGCAGAGCUGCAGCAGAAGGUUGCAGUUCCGUUUGAUUUGGAGGCUUGGCAGUUUGCUGACUUUCUUGAAAAACACCUCGAUGAAGCAACGCGCACAAGAAAGGAGGUGCAGCAACAGCAGCAGCAGCAACACCAACAGCAGUAG